AGUCCAGAGCCAUCAUGGCGUCCGUGCCACUGGGCCGGGGCCGCUGCCAGAGCGCCGCAUGUACCCCCCUGCAAGGAUCCUGUGGUGUUAAACCAUCAGGUGGAGUGAGAAGUUUGCUGUCCUCUGAAGCAUGCCAAGGGGCUGGGAGACACAAGAGUGACUCAAAGCUGAGCAGUGAGAAGAGUGCACCCACCCCUGUAACUAAAAGAAGAUUCGCAUCCCUUGGACCAACAAUUCGGGCAUUAGUGAGAGAGUGUGGGGAGCAGGAUAAAAAACUUCAGGCUCUGGAUGAGGAUUAUGUGAAGACUGAAGCAAAGCUGAGUGCUGCAGUUCAGGAGAAAACAUCUCUUUCAGCAACUGUUGCAUGCCUAAAAAAACAGCUUCUGGAACUAAAAAGAAGCAAUGAACUACUGAAGUCAAAGCUGUCUGAAGAUGGUGUGCAAAAAAAAAUGAGCAGCCUGUGCAUGGAGUUAAUGAAGCUCAGAAACAUGAGGGAUGCUAAGGAAAAGACUGCACUUGCAAAGCAGGAAAACGUGGAAAUGAAGCUGCAGGAAGUGCAAAGGAAUCUAGAGCAUUCAAAAGGAAAAGUAGCACAGUUAGAAGAAAAACUGUCUGCUACUGAGAGAGAGAAAGUUAUAGAAAAGUCUGACACUGAAAAACUCCUGGAAUACAUCACAGAGCUCAGUAGUGUUGCAGAAACAGCUGAGAAAUACAAAGUAGCUAUUGCUCAGAUGGAGGAGACACUAAUUAAGAAAGACCAAGAUAUUGAGAUCCUCAGGGAUACCCUCAAAACAAAAGAGGAAUCAUGUAAACUGAUGAAAGAACUUCAUGAGCUGCAGCAAGAGAAGGAGUUAUCUGCAGCAGCACAGCAGAAGUUACUGGAGUUGCAGGAUGAGGUAACAAGGGAGAGACGAAUUCUUGAAGAAGUGCGGAAUGAUACCAUGACAUCGCAAAUGCAUUUUUCUCCAUUCCCUUAG